AUGGCUAAAAGAGCAUCCGAAUAUGGACUGACUAACAACUUUUCAUCUUUCCCGACGUUGCCGAUUGUUUAUGCACCGACGAGCCACCAUUUGAGCUUCUUACAGUACACUAUGAUGUGUAUAACAGCUCAUGCAACCAACUUCUAUUCAUCCCCGAAUUAUCAUCAUCAUUUAUCCAACGAGUUCGGGUUGAAUGGAGCGGCCAGGUUUAGUAAUAAUUGUUACCACCAUCAUCAUGAAGCUGAAGAGGAGGAGCAAAGUUGGUUCAAUUGGCAAAGGCUCUUAAGGUGCAACGAAGACUUCAGUACUCAGCAUCUAGCGGCGGCAAUUGACGAUAAUAAUCAAGGCGUCGAAGGGGCUUGA